AUGGAGAGAAGUUCAUUAAGUGGGAUGAGGCUAGAUUCGGGGACCGGCCUCCCAGUUACACUACGAGUGGAUCCCAAGGGGUUCUUUUUAUACUGGACAGAUCAGAAUAUGGAGGUGGAAAUGCUCGACAUAGCUACCAUCAGGGAUGUUAGAACAGGGGUCUAUGCUAAACUACCUAAGGAUCCUAAGAUAAGGAACGUGGUAUUGAUCGGGUCCCAGGGUUCGUUGGAAGAGAAGACGGUGACCGUGUGUCACGGUGUGGACUUCGUUAAUGUUACAUUCGUGAACUUCUGCUGCACCAGGAAGGAAAUAGCUCAGAUGUGGACUGAUGAGUUGUUCGCGUUGGCGUACAAUCUGAACCAGUUCAACAAUCCCACCAUCAAGUUCUUGGAGAAACUGCACACCAAGAUAGUCCUGAAGGCUGAUAAGUCUGGCAAGAUACUUGUCAAGAACAUUGUCCGUCUGUUCGCACAAAACAAAGAAGACAAGAAAAGAGUGGAAAAAGCGCUAAGCGAGUCUGGUCUACCAACUGGUAAGAAUGACACCAUCAGCCAGACGAAGUUCCAGUUCGAAGAUUUCUUCUCUUUCUACAAGAGUCUCACUCAACGGACGGAGGUCCAGAAGAUAUUUAAUAAUCUCACCGGUGGUAAAGCCCACUUGUCGGCGAACCAGUUGGUUGAUUUCUUGAACGAGGUACAAAGAGAUCCGAGACUGAAUGAGAUUCUUCAUCCAUACGCCGACAUCCAAAGAGCCAAGGAUCUUAUAAAGGUCCAUGAGUAUAAUAAAUAUCACCAGCAGAGAUCGCAGUUGACUUUUGAUGGGUUUUUAAGGUUUUUGAUGUCAGAAGACAAUCCUAUAGUGGCGCCAAGUAAGUUGGACCUCUGUGAUGAUAUGGACCAACCAUUGGCUCACUACUUCAUCAAUAGUUCACAUAAUACGUACCUCACUGGGCAUCAAAUAACUGGGAAAUCUAGCGUUGAGAUAUAUCGACAGGGACUAUUAGCUGGGUGCAGGUGUGUAGAACUGGAUUUCUGGAACGGUAGAACAGAGGAGCCUGUCAUAGUACACGGUUAUACAUUCGUACCUGAUAUAAGUGCUAAGGAAGUACUAGAAGCUAUAGCGGAGAGCGCCUUCAAGACUUCGGACUACCCAGUCAUACUAAGUUUUGAGAAUCACUGCAAUCCUCGCCAGCAGGCAAAAAUAGCAAACUACUGUAGAGACAUCUUCGGUGAUAUGCUGCUUGAUAAACCAUUGGACUCACACCAAUUAGAACCAGGAGGAGAGCUCCCGCCGCCGAAUCUGUUGAAGAAUAAGAUUAUAAUAAAGAACAAGAAGAAACAUCAUCACCAUCACAAGAAAGAAGAUGCGAGAAGUACGGAGAAAGAUGCUCUGCCUCAAGGGAAUGGAGAGGUGGCUCAUGUGUCGGUGUGUAAGGAAUCAUCUUCCUCGGAGUCGUCAGAAUCUUCCUCGGAGGAGGAGGGCGGGGAGGAGGCUUGUGAACCCGGCGGGGAGGGGGGCGAGCCAGCGAGGGAGACUCACGCAGCAGCAGAGAUAUCAGCACUAGUGAACUACGUACAACCGGUGCACUUCUCAUCCUUUGAAAACGCUGAGAAGAAGAAUCGUUUCUACGAGAUGUCGUCGUUCGAUGAGAAGCAGGCCACGACCCUGUUGAAGGAGAAGCCCAUAGAGUUCGUUAACUACAACAAACACCAGCUGUCGCGCGUCUACCCCGCCGGGACGAGGUUCGAUUCCUCUAACUUUAUGCCGCAGGUGUUCUGGAACGCCGGCUGUCAGUUGGUGGCUCUCAACUACCAGACCCUGGACCUGGCCAUGCAGCUCAACCUGGGCACCUUCGAGUACAACAGACGCUGUGGGUACUUACUGAAACCUGAGUUCAUGAGGAGGAAGGAUCGUCGUUUAGACCCGUUCGCUGAGAGUACAGUGGACGGCAUCAUAGCGGGUUCGUUAUCAGUGGCUGUUAUCUCUGGUCAGCUGUUGACUGAGCGUCGUACGGGGACGUACGUGGAAGUGGAUAUGUUCGGUCUACCCGCGGAUACCGUGAGGAAGAAGUACAGGACAAAGACCGUGCCCAACAACGGAAUAAACCCCGUGUAUGAUGAUGAACCGUUCAUAUUUAAGAAGGUAGUACUACCUGAAUUAGCGAUGGUCCGUAUUGCGGCUCACGAGGAGGGCGGUAGGCUUGUGGGACAUCGCGUCUUACCUGUGUUAGGGCUUUGCCCCGGGUAUAGACACGUGGGGCUUCGGACUGAAUUAGGGCUUCCACUACCCGCCAGUCUGUUGCUGCACGUCCAAGUAAAGGAUUACGUCCCAGGUCGUCACAGCGAGUUGGCGAAGGCUUUAGAGAAUCCUAUCAAGUAUCAAACAGAUAUGGAGCGACGAGCUCACCAGCUGGCCGUACUCACAGACGACACCGAAGAACCGAAAGCAGAGGCGACGCCUCAACGACCCACAAGGGUUCUCGGUCUCGGUAAUAAAAAUAUCGAUGGAAGUCCCAUCAAAGCUGCCGUCGAGAAAAAGGACAAUGAAAUACCGACUGUAGCGACGGAACCCGAAAAAAUAAUACCAGAGGAGACCGAUAGUAAAUUCAACGGCGGCAACGAAACACAAGAAGAUAUAAACAAGACGCUAGAAGAAUUGUUGAACAGUAAAAUAGUUAAAGAAAAAAAGGCGGAUUUAGCGAGGAAAUUAGACGCGCUGAGGAGGAAAAAUACUAAGACUAGACCCGUGGCCGCUAAGUUCUUUGUGAAGAGACUAUCAACUAGGAAUAUGGCGGAGGAAACGGAAGAUGGCGGCGGAGCGGAAGCGGAAAGAGAACUGCGGCUGCGCUACCACCACGCGAUAUACGCGGCGCUCGACAAACAACUGAGGCUGGACCAUCACCACCAGAUGAAACACCUCACUGAGUCGUUGGAUAUACAAAAGAAGGAGAUAUUGAAUAGAUUGGCGAGCUCCAGGAGGGAAGAUGUUAAGACAUUAGCGAAGAGUGCGAGAGACAAGGACGAACUACUCAGGAGAAAGAGAGAGAUAGACUCUGAGUCGGUGAACCGCGGCGUGACGGAGUGCUCCCGACUGGAGAAAGCUCACAAGGUGAGCUGCGAGCAGCUGCUACAUGCGCACGAGAGACUACGGGCCGCGCUACUCAAACACCGCGACCAGGUACACACACACACGCACACACACGCAACAUAUACAAGUAUUUACCCUUAUAUACGCCCACCCAAUCACACUUCCUAG